AUGGUGGAAGUGGACCGCCCGGGGAAGCUCUUCAUUGGCGGGCUCAACCUCGAAACCGACGAGAAAAUCCUCGAGGCCACGUUUGGCAAGUAUGGCUGCCUCACCGAGGUGCUCCUGAUGAAAGAUCGAGAAACCAGCAAGUCCAGGGGCUUCGCGUUCGUCACCUUCGAAAGCCCGGCAGAUGCCAAGGCCGCCGCCAGAGAUAUGAACGGCAAGACCCUGGAUGGUAAGGCCAUAAAGGUGGCCCAGGCCACCAAGCCGGCGUUCGAGAGCAGCCGGCGGGGCCCGCCGCCGUCCCAUAGCCGCCCGAGGGGCCUGCUCGGGGACCGCGGCAGCGGCCCACGGCGCCCCCAGUCCCGGGGCGGGCCGGCGGACGACGGCGGCUACGCGGGCGACUUCUACCUGCGGUCCUCCCGGGCCCCGCUGCCUGUGAAGCGCGGGCCGCCACCGCCGCGCAGGGCCGGCCCGCCCCCGAAGAGGGCCGCGCCGUCGGGCCCGGCCCGCAGCGGAAAUGGUGGAAUACACGGGCGGCCCCCGGCCACACGGGGCCGAGACGGCUAUGCCGGCCCGCUGCGCCGGGAGCCGCCGCCCCCGCGCCGGGACCCCUACCUGGGCCCCCGGGAGGAGGGCUACUCGCCCCGUGACAGCUACUCGUCGAGCCGCGACUACUCGAGCGCCCGCGACCCCCGGGGUUUUGCUCCCUCGCCCAGAGAGUACACCUACCGCGACUACGGCCACUCCAGCGCCCGGGACGACUGUCCAUCGAGAGGCUACGGUGAGCGAGACGGCUACGGGGGGCGCGACCGCGACUACCUGUAUCACCCGAGCGGAGGCUCCUACCGAGACCCCUUCGAGAGCUACGGGGACCCGCGCAGCGCCGCCCCUUCACGGGGGCCCCCGCCAUCUUACGGCGGCGGCCGCUACGACGAGUACCGCGGCUGCCCGCCCGAUGCUUACGGUGGCGGCCGGAGCGAGCGCUAUUGGAGGGGCCGCGACCGGGCAGGCAGAGCUGAUCGCGGGAGGCUGCGGUCCAUGGAGAGGGGGUGCCCGCCCCCGCGCGAGUCCUACAGCGGGUCCGGCCGCAGGGCCCCACUAGGCGGAGGCCGCCUGGGAAGCUGUGCGGAGAGAGGGGGAGACCGGAGCAGAUACUAAGCACCAAGAGACUUGGGACCGAAAUCUGCAUUCAAAGAAGCUGCCGAAAAGUAGAGACUGUUCUAUGGUAACUACUUAAGGACUAGCGCAAAGAAGAGUUGUUUUUACAAAGAAGCUGCCGAAAAGUAGAGACUGUUCUAUGGUAACUACUUAAGGACUAGCGCAAA